AUGACUUCUGAUAUGAACGGCUCAGGGAAUAGUAAUGGAUCAGGAAAUGGAAAUAGCAAUGGGAACCCAAAUAUUUCUCAAUUAUCAAAUGCUUUACAUCACAUCAAUAUUAGAAGUAAUGAUAUAAAUAAUAAUGAUAUCCAGAAUCCGAAUCAAAAUCGAAAUAUAAAUAAUUUGAAUGAACAAAACUCCGAAUAUGCAUUAAACUCCAUCAAUAGUAAUAAUAUUAUGAGCAAUAACACAAAUAACAAAUCUAACGACACAGGGUAUAUAAAUACAGAUGGGUCCUCUAAUGGGGCCCCUCAAUCAAUAAUUUACAAUUACAACAGCAAUAUUUCUAAUUCGAAUUCAAAUAAUGAUUCUAAUAACCCUACUAAUACUACUCAUAGCUCAAAUAACAAUCUUAAUCUUAAUUCCAAUAAUAAUAUUUCUGAUAACAUGACCCAACCUAAUGACAAUUCUAAUUCAAACAUACAUAUAGCUAACAAUACGAAUAAUAACAAUAAUUUAAAUCAAACUUCUCAAAUGAGAAAUAACAAUACUAAUCGUCAAUUUUUAUCUGGGUUGAGUCCAAUUGAUAAUACAAGAAUUUCUUCAUUUUUCCAAGAUCAACCAAUGGAAGGAUACACACUUUUUUCUCAUAGAUCGGCACCAAAUGCCUUCAAAGUAGCUAUUGUAUUAAGUGAACUAGGUUUACAGUAUAACACUAUUUUUUUAGACUUUAAUAAGGGAGAACACAGAGCUCCUGAAUUUGUUGGUGUAAAUCCAAACGCAAGGGUACCAGCCUUAAUAGAUCAUAAUUUGGAUAAUUUGGGGAUUUGGGAAUCUGGUGCUAUUUUAUUACAUCUUGUAAACAAGUACUUUAAGGAAACUGGCGAUCCAUUGUUAUGGGCUGAUAACUUGGCAGAUCAAUCACAAAUCAAUUCUUGGUUAUUUUUCCAAACUUCUGGCCAUGCACCAAUGAUUGGUCAAGCUUUACACUUUGAAUAUUUCCAUUCUCAAAAGAUACCAAGUGCUGUAGAGAGAUAUACAGAUGAAGUUAGAAGAGUUUAUGGUGUAGUAGAGAUGGCACUUUCAGAAAGAAGAGAAGCCUUAGUAAUGGAUUUGGAUACUGAAAAUGCAGCUGCAUAUUCUUCAGGAACCACUCCGAUGUCUCAAAGCAGAUUUUUCGAUUAUCCAGUUUGGUUAGUUGGUGAUAGGAUCUCUAUCGCUGAUUUAGCAUUUGUUCCUUGGAAUAAUGUAGUUGAUAGGAUUGGUAUAAAUAUUAAAGCAGAAUUCCCAGAAGUAUAUAAAUGGACAAAGCAUAUGAUGAGAAGGCCAGCAGUAAUAAAAGCUUUACGGGGCGAGUAA